GACAAGCAUGGAUGAAGUUGUUUUGCUCGCCGCAUGAAUCGCCUGCAUUUUCAUUUGUCCUUCUGAAAAUUCGGAAUUACCUGUAGAAAUGCGGCUGACGUCGAUUCUUCUGAAGGCAUCUAAGCUACCGAAGGACUAUGCAAAUUUCCCGGAAUCGUACGUGAAGCGAGUGAUGGCUCAAGUGGAGUGGCGAACACCCAAGGGACCGCAGUACCGUCGUGCUGUGAUUCAGCGCAAGAAGUACUACUUCGGAUUGUCACGUCCCUGGCAGGCGGACUUCUGGAAGGAAAACAUGCCUGGGGUCCCCAGCAAACACGUCCAUGUCGAGCCUAUCGUGUGGACUGUUUUUAGAGGUGAUCGGGUUGAAAUCCUUGUUGGAAAGGACAAAGGAAAACAAGGAAUUGUGAACUACAUCGUCAAGGAACGAAACUGGGUUUGUGUGGAAGGGCUGAACUGCGAGUUCAAAACUGUUGGCAUCGGUAAGAAUAUGCAAGCCCUGAAGACUGAGAUGCCUCUGCUUGUCACAUGCCAAGUUGCAUUGGUGGAUCCUACAGAUAACAAGCCAACAAAGGUUGAAUGGCGAUACACAGAAGAUGGUGAAAAGGUCAGGGUAUCUGUACGUUCUGGCCGAAUCAUACCCAUUCCCUUGAUGGCUGAAGAAACAUACGAUUAUAAGUCCAAGAGUGCUUAUGCUGAGCAACCGAAAGACACCAGGGCAAAGGAGCUUGAAAAGAUUACCUUUGUUCCAAAACUGAUGACAUUUGAACAAGAGAUAAUGAAGGAACUUGGCAUCAAGGAAGACAGAAUUCCCGCUAAAACGUAUUGGUAUUAGACAGUAUUGUAAGUGUGAAUAAAGUUAUGUUUUAACAUCA